AUUUAAGUGAGCUGGCUCCAAUUCCUAAAAUUGUAAAACCAAUCGCCAAACAAGGUCCACUCGAAUCACGAAAAAUAUGGCAACCUGUAUCAGCUGCGCUUUUUCAGAAAGAUUACUCAAAAGCUACAAAGGAAAAGAUUGCAAUUGAAGAUCGUCAAAGACGAUUGGCAGCUGAAGCAAAGGCAAGAAAAGAAGAAUUUGAACCUGUAUAUUUCAAAUUACCUGUUGUUGACGGGCGACCAGAAUUGAAAGAUACAGCACAUCAA